AUGGCGCAAUGGUGGUGGGAGGGGCGGGAGCUGCGUAUCCUCGUCCUAGCCAGCCUCAGCGCCCAAUACUUCCUCGUAUUAUUUGCCGGCGUCCGUAAGUUCCAUAUCCCGCCAUGGCUCCGAGUUUCAUUCCGGCUGGCGCACAUCGGCAGCGACGCUCUGGCCAUCUUCACCCUCGCCACGCUCUUCAGCCGCCAAAAGAAUGGGCCGAGCUGCAGCUAUGCGCGUGGCAGCCACAGUUUGGAGCUGUUAUGGGCGCCGAUCGUGCUGAUGCACCUCGGUGGGCAGGUCGUCAUAACCACCUAUAAGAUUGAAGACAAUGAGCAGUGGAGCCGCCACAUCCUAACCUCUCUAUCCAAGGUCGUUGUUGCACUCUAUGUGUUUUACAAGUCAUGGUCGUCAAAUGACAAAAGUUUGUUGGCUGCAACAAUUUUGCUUUUCUUCAUGGUGAUUAUCAGAUGCUUCCAGAAGGCGCUGGACCUUAAGAGCAGUAGCUUUAAUGCCCUACGGAAGGCCAGCUCGUCCGGGAUUAGCAUCAUUCGGGGCACCUAUGUCACAGAAAAAAGAAGGCUUGACAAAUUUAUAAAAAAAGCAAGAAAAGUCGUGCACCGUGAUGGACCGCGGGGAUCACCGGCAGACCUCCCAAGGCUACCAUACCAGCUAUUUUUGGACUUUCCAUGUCUCUAUUCUGAUCGUGUUGGAAUCCUGAAUUUCUGGUUGCUUGACCCAAAAUCAGCUUAUCAAGCAAUAGAACGCGCACUGUCUGCUAUGACCAGUUUUCUCUACACCAAAGAUGAUACUGUCAAACCCUACCUUGGUUCCAAGGAAGCAUCAGCAACGGCCGUCUUCCGUCGGUGCACACAAAUACUAGCUUAUGCAACGUUAAUCGUAGCCAUCUGCCUGGUACAGACUAGUAGCCAGAAAAAAGAUUAUAACAGUGAGGAUACCUGGGUUACACUAGUACUGUUGUGGGGCACUUUUGUGCUGGAGCUGGUUUACUUGGGCGUACAAACAGCUUUCCGGGACAGGUUCUCUGGCAGAGUUCUCCAACAUAGUCUUAUUGGAUUAUUAGCCCAUAACAGAAGGCACUCGAGGUUGAGGACGAUUGCGGGAUGGUUGCAAUGCAAGGACUUCCUCGACGAUUGUUGGCACAUGAAGCCUAUCUAUUCGUGCGAGGAGAUUACAGAACUGGUCCGUCAGCAUGUUGAGUCAUUGUGGAAACACUGCAUCUUGGACAAUGAGACUUACAGGAGGCAUAAUGAUACCAGAGGCGAAUGGACGCUCACGAGUAAGCGAUGUCUCGGAGAACUGGGUUGGAGCAUACGGAGGCCAUUUGACGAGAGCAUUAUUCUCUGGCACCUGGCCACAGAUCUGUGCUUCCAGGCCAUAGAUUUAAUGUUUCAUGGUGAGGUCACGUCUCCUGAUGAUCGUGAAUGUGCCCGUCGGUGCAGAGAAAUGUCCAACUACAUGAUGCAUCUCUUGUUUGAUAAUCCUGAGAUGCUAAUGCCAGGCAGCAGAAAGAGUUUGUUCACAAGGGCCUAUCAAGAACUCGAAGACAUGCUCCGGUAUGAGGAGGAGGCACGGCUGAACGAGGACCAGAUUACACUGUUAGUAUUUGAGAGAUGCCACAGAGGCAUCACUGGUGAUGCUUUGAGGCUUGCUGAAAGUUUGUUGGUUGAUGCUUACCAUGGCGACGCGACCCGAAUGUGGAAGGUGAUCCAGGGCGUGUGGGUGGAGGUGCUCUGUUUUUCUGCCGGCCGGUGCCGAGGAUACUUGCAUGCAGAGACUCUGGGAACAGGUGUGGAGUACCUCUCCUAUGUCUGGGUCCUCUUGGCACACGCCGGGAUGGAGACAUUUCCGGAAAAGCUUCAGAGGGAGGGUCUGUCGGUUGAGGGCGAUGAUCGGGUUUAG